AUGGAUGACGUCAUCGUGUUUGGACCAGACCGGAAAUCGCACGCAGCUUCACUCAAGCAGUUGCUCCAUCGUCCCAAGGAGCACGGGUUCCACGCCAAGGCCGAGAAGCGCAGUUUUUGCAGCUGCAAAUUCGGUACCAUCCGCCUCGAUCCCGAGAAUCUUAAGACGAUUGCCGCCAUUCCCACACCAACCAGCGUGUUCGAACUGCGAGCGUUCUUAGGCGCGGUGAACUUCUACGGAAGAUUCAUUCGCAACCUUCACGAGGUACGCCGCUCUAUGGAUCAGCUGCUCAAGAAGGCCACUAAGUGGCGUUGGACAUCCGAGUGCCAGCAUGAUGCGUUCGAGAAGUUCAAGGUGCUCCAGUCAAGCUGCUAA